AUGACCGCGGAAGAUCGAAGGUUGAAGUUGAUUCAGGAACGCAGCAGACUUGCCGAGUCUCGGGGAUUUACAGCAGCUUAUCAACGUGAGACAGAAGAGCAAGACAAUGUUGUGUGUCUAAAGCAAAGGGCUCCUGCCACUGAAGCCACAUAUUCUAGGGCAAUUGAGAACUGGUGUCUUUGGCGAUUAUCUCGAAAUGAACCUGAGAGCAAAAACUUUGCAAAGGAAGAGCCUGAUCCGUCUGCUCAAACACUAAAACUCUUUGCGGAGGAUUUUGUUGUUACUCGCAAAGACCUACCUUCUCAGUCUACAGUGCGCCACAACAUAUCCUGUUUUGUUGCGGAAUGGGAGAGGAAAACUGGGCGAACGCUUCCAAAAUACCUCAAAAAUGAUGUUUACAAUUACAUUGAUAAUGUCCUCACACCAAAAUAUCAUCUUACUGUGCAGCACCGAGAGAAAUUCCCAGUUACAAAUAAAGACCUUAGUUAUCUUUUGCGACAUCUAUUUGAAGAAGAUGAUCACGACUAUCCACAUGAGCUAAUGAGGAUUUAUUGUGCUUUCACUUUAUCCUUAUUUUCUGCCUCAGGAGCAAGAGCAGGUGCAGUGGUGGAAGCAAGUUCCUAUCCAGGUUCAAAUGAGAGCCUCUACUACCGGUGGACCUCAACUGGACAAGUCAAAUACUGGGUCACGAUGGAUCAGGAAUUUUUGAAAGGCCAGCGGUACAAUAAAAGUAACCUAAUCCCCAGGAAUUGGGUCCCAGAACAGAAAGUCCUUGGGAGGAACUUUCCUUUUUGGUUGAUGGUUGUUGGUCUGGCUGAUCAGGCCUUUAAAGGAAUUCGAACAGUGGAAGAGCUUCUUGACAAACGACCACCAAGAGGGCGGGAAUCCUGGUCCUUUGAAUGGGAUGAUUGCAAGAAGGAACUUCCUAUUCUUCGGAUGGUUAAAACUGAUGGUGCCGACAAUCAUCGCUCUUUAACUUUUGCUUCUUUGCGCCAUCACUUUUACUCUUUAGCUAAGCGAGCUUGUUUUCGAGAUGUCCUCCGUAUCCAUGGAAUCCGGGGAGCUGUUGCGAACAAACUUGAUGUACGUGCAUCUGAAGCUGCGCGCAGCCAGGCCUUGCACCAUCAAAAUCCUGAGACAUAUCUGAACUAUCAAUCAAAGGUCCUUGCGAUUGAUGUACAAGCCCCAUACUGGGACCUUGAACCAGAUCUUGAAUGUCUUGACAUGGAGCGAAGUAUGGCACAUCAUAGAGACAUCAAUGUCCCGCAUCGCCUCAGUGCUGAGGCCAUGGAAGAGCUGGAGCGUGACCCUGAAAUGAUUGACAUCAAUAACAGGAUUGUGAUUCUAACUGAGAAGAUAUUGAAGAACCCAGAAGAUCAUAAAGACCUAACACGUGAGCGAACACAUUUGUACAACAAAGCUGCAAAAAAGCGUCAGAAAGCACUGAAAGAAUUUGUCAGAAGUUGGUGGACUUCUAGUUACAGUGAAUAUGUUGCAGGGAAUAAUUUCACAGAGCGUGACACCACCUCUUUGUUCGAUAUCUACUGCAAAUAUAUGCCAGAGAGGAACAGGUUGCGUGGCGAUCUCUUCACAGAAGUGCCAAUCAACAGCCAGACUGGAAGGCAAUGCUUGCAAGAUCUGGUGAAUCACCUGAAAAUGGACAGUGCCCCAUAUGUCUGA